AUGGAGUACGACGUGAUGCAAACGUCGGAAAACCCACCAUCACAGCACAUGAGGUCACCACUGUCCCCAGGGGAUUCUCCUGGGCCCAAGAAACUCAAGGCAUCGCCGGACCCAGCCCCUGUGGCCAGGGAAACCAUCAAGUGGAUCCGCUACACCCUGGAGAUGGCAGCCACCAAGAAGACUUCUAUGCCGGUUGAGACCCAGCGCAUCAUGUUUGAGAAGUUGAAAUCUCUGGAUGCGGCGGUUCACGACAUGGUGGUUUCGAACCUGCAAUUGACUAGCCAACUGGAGGAGGCGAGGAGAUCCUCGGAGAUAUGUGUUGGGGCAGCUGUGGCGCAGUUCGGAACAGAGCUACGUCUCAGGGAGGCGGCUCACGAACAAACCCUGGAGGCUGUGAUUACCAGGUAUGCCGAGAAAGAGGCCACGAGGACCCUCGAAGCGGCACAAUUUACACAGGAUGUGCCUGUAGAAAAGACGAGCACUGAUGGGGCUCCCACAUUCGCCGUGGUGACCAGGAGGAAUCUGAAAAAAUCCACCGACAGAAUUGCCGACCGCUCGAGAUCCAGUGCCACGACGAGGAACAAAAAGCUUAAGGAAACACGUCAGGCCGAGCAUCUUCCGUCAUUUACCCUGAAUGAGGCACCGGGGAAAACUAACACAGAAGUACGAGAUCUCAUCUGGAAUCAGGUGGUUGCAAAAAAUUCCAAACCUAAGUGCCACACCAUCAUUACCAGAACGGGCAAGACCAUUUUGAAGCCAUCAGAUAAGGAAACUAUGGACGUGCUGAAGCACCUCUCAAAGGUGUCAACCUUGCUAAAAGAGGACAGCUUAAGGUGGCCGAGGGUGACCAUUCGCGGUGUCAGCUCUGAUACGAGAUUUGACAGCCAGACACAGCACGAAAUCUUGGCGCAAAACCCGGAGUUGGGAAUCGACGAGACAGUGGACAGCGUGGUGAUAAAACCUGUAUUCAAGAGUGGGCCCAGGGAUAGGGACACCACCAACUGGAUAGUUGAGGUUAACCCGAAACACUAUGGUAAAUUUGAGAACGCGACAUUAUUUAUAGGUCUCAUGAGGUGCCGAGCCAGCGCAUAUGAGGAGGUGACACAAUGCCACCUCUGCCUAAGAUAUGGGCACCCUGCAUCCAAGUGUCAGGAAAAGGAAUGUGUGUGUGCGCAUUGUGGACGUAAGGGCCAUAAAGCGGCUGACUGUCCUGCCGCGGAAGCUGACCCGACAUGCACCAACUGCCGGGGGAAACACAGCGCCAGGGACAAGACGUGCUCCUCGAGGACGGCGUACCUGCUGAAUCAGGCCAGGAGGACUGAUUAUGGAGUUGCGCAAUGA